UUCUUAUUCGAUUUUCAUAUAUUAUCUAAUAUUAAAAUGGAAUAAAAGCAUAUCCUUUCAUAAAAUUUAACUUGAAAUAUUAUAAGGUUAAAAACAUGGGUUCAAGAACAAUAACUUUUGUCACGGGUAAUGCAAAAAAAUUAGAAGAAGUAUGUGCUGUGAUUGGAAAGUCAAUUUCAAUUGUGAAUAAAAAAAUUGAUUUACCAGAAUUACAAGGUGAAAUAAAUGAUAUUUGUAAAAAAAAAUGUUUGGAAGCAACAAAACAUGUUAAAGGACCUGUAAUGAUUGAAGACACGUGUUUAUGUUUCAACGCUUUACAUGGUUUACCUGGACCAUAUAUAAAAUGGUUCUUAGAUAAAUUAGGACCUGAAGGUCUUUAUAAACUGUUAGAGGGCUGGGAAGACAAAUCAGGUGAAGCAGUGUGUACUUUUGCUUAUUAUUCUGGUGAUGAAACAGAUGAAGUGUUAAUAUUUCAAGGUAUUUGCAAGGGUACAAUAGUACCGCCAAGAGGGUCACGUGAUUUUGGUUGGGAUCCUUGCUUUCAACCAGAAGGCUAUGAUAAAACGUACGCUGAAUUACCGAAAGAAGAAAAAAACAAAAUAUCUCAUAGAGCCAAAGCUCUUCAAUUGUUAAAAGAUUAUUUUAAUAAAUAAUAUUUAGUAUUUUUCUAGUUAA